AUGGUGGAGGAGGACCCUUCGAGGCGGCCGUUGCCACGAUUGACGGCGGAGCAACUGCAGGAUCAAAUUCGACGUCUGACGUAUCGUCCACCCCCACCGGUGGUGCGUGACCCCUUUCCGGUCUGUCCGUCCGUAAAGCGGUCGAAGGAUGAAAUUGAUGCCGUCACUCAGCGUGUGUUUUAUGAACAAUGCCAACGGCAUGAAAGGGCGCUUAUUGAGGCGAAGGAGAAAUGGGAGAAGGAAUGGGGCCUUUUUUCAAAGGAGGUACCAAGCGAAUAUGUGGAAGAUAUGGUGAAGCGUCUGUACUACGACACCAUUGAAAGACUUCAUGCGUCACGCAAAUCGGCAGAGGAGCGGCUUUUAUUCAAAUCCAAUAAAAAAGUUCCCGUAGUCCCGCUUAAAAAGUUUGUGGAGGACAUGUAUUUGAAGGGCAUGCAACGAGAGAGGGAUAAGGAAAAAAAACUGUAUGAGAAAUACAUAUUGCCGACGGAAAUCAAAAGAACUCUAAUAUCAAGAGAGGAUGCGGAGGCGAGUGGCACGCGGUUAUCGGCGAGAACAGGAGCGAACUAA